AUGUCUGAGUCGUCGCCGCCAGAAAUUCUGGCGACAAAGAAGGAUGAUCCCACAAAGGAAGCUACUGUUGAAGAAACAGAGAAAAUAGACAAUGCUAUAUCUAAUAUCGUAUCCUCACUUGCGAAAAAUGGAAGUCCUUCCGCGAGCGAAAAAGACAAAAAGAAAAGCCCUUGGACAGCAGGAGCAUGUGAUGACGGUUAUAGCUCUUAUACGAGUACUCCUAAGUCAUUGGACCACAAGAACUGUAGCGAAGGGCAACCGGAAAAGGCAUCUCAGUUGCCCGAUGGUGCUAUAAUCAUCGCCUUGUCACAGGACCAGGUUACGGCAGGAAGCGAAAAUCCGGAAGAAAGACCGACGUGGAGCAAGAAAGCCGAUUUCCUCCUUUCCAUUAUCGGAUUUGCUGUCGAUUUGGCGAACGUUUGGAGGUUCCCUUACCUCUGUUACCGAAACGGUGGCGGUGUUUUCCUGAUUCCUUAUCUUCUAAUGUUAUUUUUCGGAGCUAUGCCCUUAUUCUACAUGGAACUUGUGUUGGGGCAGUACCAUAGACAAGGACCAAUUAGUGUGUGGAAAUUUUGCCCAUUAUUUAAAGGAGUUGGGUACUGUUGUGUCUUGGUAUCAUGGUAUGUAUCCUUCUACUACAACGUCAUCAUCGCUUGGACGUUGUAUUACAUGUUCAUAUCCUUCUCUGCCGAGCUGCCAUGGAUACGUUGCAACAAUCCUUGGAAUACCGAACGUUGCUGGGAAAGUCGAAAUGGCAGUGGAUAUAUUAUUGAUGCUGCCUCUGCUCUUAACACGUCCGCAUUCAGAGCUAACAGGACUUCUCCAGCGUUGGAAUUUUUUGAUCGUGCAGUCUUGGAAAUCCACCAGAGCAACGGCAUGGGGGAUUUGGGGGCUCCGAAAUGGCAACUGGUCGUCUGUGUGCUGGUGGCUUUUGUAAUCCUCUACAUUGCUCUAUUCAGAGGCGUUAAGUCACUUGGAAAAGUAGUAUGGUUUACAGCUAUAGCUCCCUAUGUCAUAUUAACGAUACUUCUCAUACGAGGCUUGUUACUUCCCGGAGCAGGACAAGGUGUCCAGUACUAUUUACGUCCGGAUCUUCACAAACUUUUAGACACUCAG